UGGCGAGCUAAUUGAGAAGGAAUACAUCCCUCAAGUAGAAAAUGUCAUACUAGACAAUGUCCCAGGUGCAGAGAGGGUGUUUGUUUUUGACUGGAGGGUACGCUUGCCCUGGCCAUCUCCUUGGCUAGACUGACUGGACUUGUACCGCAGAUCCGAAAGCAAGCGACUACCGAGCAACUUGAUCCCAAAAACCUGGUAUCUCCACUCCAAAUUCAAGACAGGACGUUUAUGCUGGCGCCGUCACGGAACGCACAUACAGGUAAUUUACCCAUUCCAAGCUCUUUAAAUCUUGUAGCCUGACGAAGUAUAGAUUCAACCGAGUUUAUUCCUGUGAAGAGAACGAAGCUGAACUUGCCAGAUGAAGCGGAGGAUCUCCUGCGCGGUCGCGUGCAGAUGAUCAAGUGAGAACCUCUCAGCCGCCUACCCCAAUGGCCUAUGUACUGACCAAAGAUGGCUUCUGGAGACCGAUCUCCCACAAUGCGAUCAACUGGCUCCUUGUUGUCUGCGACGGUUGUACCACCCCUUUCCAAAAUCUCGUUCCGGUGGACCAGGUCGAGAGAAGGUUAGUCGGUGAUGUGUACUACGCCACGCACAAAGAGUCAGAAGAUAAUGGCGAUACGGAGAUGGGUAAGUUAGACAGAAGGAAAGUGGCGGCGUGGUGGCCGGGCACGUUGGGAAGGAAGAGAGAAAAGGCGCCAAAAUCUGUUUUCUGGAAACUGGCCCCACAAGUAAUGGCAAUUCAUUAGAAAUGGCCUGUUGGCGCUGAAAAAUCC